UCUCCCUCUCUCCAGGUGAACACGGUUCACUGGAAUCUCUCCAAACCCAAUAUUCUCAAUUUCAUUUCUUUUCGCUCAAUAGCGUCAAUGCUUGAUCUCUAAAGCUACCGACUUUGAAGAAGAAGAUCGAAUUAGGGUUCGGAAUUGAUUAGGCGGUUGGUUUCUUUAUCACCAAACAAUCGAAACUCUGAAGUCAAUUCAAGAUUUGACUCGCUUAUCUUAGGGCUGAAGCUAUCAUGGCGCAGAGUAAUUUGGAAGCUGAUAAGAUGCUUGACGCUUACAUAUAUGAUCAUCUGGUGAAGAAGAAGCUGCAUAACACUGCUAAGUCUUUUAUGACUGAAGGCAAAGUCUCUCCUGAUCUUGUUGCAAUUGAUGCUCCUGGUGGGUUUCUGUUUGAGUGGUGGUCUGUGUUCUGGGAGAUGUACUAUGCUAGGACGAAGGAGAAGCAUGAUGAGUCUGCUGUAGAGUAUGGGCUUAACGUUUACAUCUAUGAUUAUCUGGUGAAGAAGAAACUGCAUUACACUGCUAACUCGUUCAUGACUGAAGUGAAAGUCUCUCCAGAUCAUGUUGUAACUGAUACUCCUGGUGGGUUUCUUUUUGAGUGGUGGUCUGUGUUCUGGGACGUCUACAUUGCUAAAACGAAUGAGAAGCAUUCUGAGUCUGCUGCAGAGGCGCAACAAGGUAAUACGAAGGAGCAGAUGAAGCAACCCGUUCCAAUGAACACUGAACCCCAUAUGGAUGCAGGAACAGGCCAUCAUGGUCAGAUUGUCCAAGGGAAUAAUCAAGGAGGUGUUUCGGCAGCACUUCAGUCUCGCACUCAGCAGACCCCUCUUAUCAACAUGCCGCCAGUACAGCACUCUUCGUCUCAGCAACAAGAUCCCUUACUAUCACAGCAAUCACAGCAGAACAACAGUACAGGGACAGGAAACACGGUCGGCUCAUCCAACUCACAGCCGUCAACUCAUUCAACGCAUACCCCUGUCGAAGGAGUUGCUAUGACUGGUAACAUGCCAAAAGGGCCAAUGAUGUAUGGUUCUGAUGCAAUAGGUGGUCUUGCAUCAUCAGCAAACCAACUGCCGCAACAAGGUAAAGCGGAGGAGGAGCAAAUUCAAAUGAAGCAACCCAAUCCAGUGAACACUGAGACAUCAGGAACAAACAAUCAUGGUGAGAUUGUCCAAGGGAAUGGUCAAGGAGGAGGUGUAUCGGCAGCAGUACUGAAGCAACUUAAGUCACAAACUCAGCAGACCCCUUUGGAAGCUGGAGAAGGAGAGUCACGUAAGCGAUGCAAAUGCAAAAAGUCCAAGUGUUUGCAACUUUUAUGUGAAUGCUUUGCUACUGGAGUCUAUUGUACUACAGAGCCACCAUGCUCAUGUACAGAUUGCUUCAACAAACCUAUUCAUGAAGAUACCGUCUUGGCUCCUGCUCGCAAAAAGUAUGAGUCUCGGAACCCACUUGGAUUUGCUCCUAGAGUCAUCAGGAGCUCCGAUUCAGUUCUAAAAACCAGGGAAGAGGACGAUGCAAGCAAAAGUCCAGCUUCUGCUCGCCGCAAAAGUGGCUGCAACUGCAAGAAAUCAAACUGUCAGAAAUACUGUCAAUGCUUUAAGGGUGGUGUGGGCUGUACCGUAAACUGUAAAUGUGAAGGGUGUGGGAACAAAUUCGGCGUCAAAGCUUCAGUUUCCAAACCAACAAAGAAAGAUUAAACAGUUAG